UGAUCCAUUUGAAGUAAGUCUCUCAAAGAAUGAAUUAGAGCUAGAACAAAUCAAAAGUGAAGAAUUCAUUGACGUUGUUGAUCACCACAUUAAAUCUGAGAAGGUCCAGGAAGAACUAAAUGAAGGGUUAUUUUGUGAGGUGUGCAAAGGAGUUUUCAGUUCAACCGAUUUUCAUAUUCCUGAUGGGUUAAGAUUGAACUGUAAUUGUCCAUACCAAAAUAAGACUAAUGAUAUUCAAGAUCCUGGAAUCAUUCAUUUCAAAAUUCAAGAAGAAUCAAUCGAUCAGAAGAAAAAAGAUAGUUUUGAUGUAUUAUUCAGUCCUGAAUACUAUUCGAAUUCAAUUGAAGAGAAAAACGAAAUUGAGACAAAAAAUUGGAAUAAAGAAACUGAUACGAAAUCUGUUGAAAACAGGUCUACAAGGAAGAUUCCAUUUCAUUGUAAAAUAUGUUCAAAAGCAUUCAUUCGAACUUGUGAUUUGAAAGCGCAUGAAAGAACACACACCGGUGAAAGACCAUUCAAGUGUAAUUUGUGCUUCAAAUCUUUCGCUCAGCGUGGAACUUUGAGGUUGCAUGAGAAAUCUCACACUGGUGAAAGGCUGUUUAAUUGUAGCAUCUGCUCAAAGUCAUUCAUUCAUCUGACAAAUUUGAAAAGGCAUGAAAAAACUCAUACUGGUGAAAAACCAUUUCUAUGUAAAAUCUGCUCAAAAUCUUUUGUUCGUAAGUCAAGUCUCGUGAUUCAUUUAAGAAGCCAUAGCGGUGAGAAACCAUAUAAUUGUAAAAAUUGUUCAAAAUCUUUCAGUCAGAGCGGUAGUUUGAGAUCUCAUGAGAAAGUUCACACUGGAGAAAAACCAUAUCAGUGCAAAUUUUGCUCGAAAUCGUUCAGUCAAAAUAGUUCCUUGAAAUUACAUGAAAAAACGCAUACUGGAGAAAAACCAUUUCAGUGUAAAUUAUGCUCAAAAUAUUUCACUCAGCGUGGAACUUUGAGAUUGCAUGAAAAAACUCACACUGGUGAGAAACCCUUUCAGUGUAAAAUCUGCUUAAAGUCAUUCAUUCAAGUAACAGAUUUAAAAAGACAUGAAAAAAUUCAUACGGGAGAAAGACCAUUUCAGUGUGAAAUCUGNGUGCGAGCUAAGGACUAA